GUGCCGGAUCGGACCGUACCACAGUAUGUGGCGUGCAGACUGUAUCAUGCCGCGGGGGGUCGCCGCCAUCAACAGGGAGCGCGGCUGGUACCUGUCGGCGCCGCAGCGGGAGGGCGGCGAGGAAGAGGAGGAGAGCGCGCCGCUGUUGCCCGCCAGGGCACCCCCGGAUCGCGGGAGCUCCUUUGGUUUUGCAGUGUUUAAUUUAAUGAACGCCAUCAUGGGAAGCGGGAUACUUGGCUUAUCCUAUGCCAUGGCCAACACAGGGAUCAUGGGUUUUAGUAUCUUGCUGCUGAUUGUUGCCAGCCUUGCUGCUUACUCUGUAUUUCUGCUGCUUAAUAUGUGCAUUCAGACAGCUGUUACUUCUUACGAAGAUCUUGGCCUCUUUGCAUUUGGGUCACCCGGGAAGGUUGUUGUGGCCAGUACAAUAAUCAUCCAGAAUAUUGGAGCUAUGUCGUCUUAUCUUUUAAUUGUUAAAUCUGAACUGCCCGGUACAAUUGCAGGGUUCUUAAGUGGAGAAGAAAGCGGGUCUUGGUUUCUAAAUGGCAGAUUGCUGCUGCUGAUUACUUCAGUCUGCAUUGUCUUUCCUCUGGCACUUCUCCCCCAAAUCGGCUUUCUUGGCUACACAAGUAGUUUAUCAUUUUUCUUUAUGGUGUACUUUGCUCUCGUGAUUGUAAUAAAAAAAUGGUCUGUCCCUUGUCCGCUGCCACUGGCUAGCUCUAUAGAGACCUUACAGGUUGCAAAUUCUACUGAGGACUGCAAAGCAAAGCUGUUUAAUUUUACUAAAGAGAGUGCCUAUGCCAUACCAACCAUGGCCUUCUCCUUUCUCUGCCACACCUCAGUAUUACCCAUUUACUGUGAGCUCCGCAGUCCAUCCAAAAGCAGAAUGCAGAAUGUGACCAUCACAGGAAUUAGUCUGAGUUUUGUAAUCUAUUUUGUGUCUGCCUUGUUUGGGUACCUUACUUUUUAUGACAAAGUAGACUCAGAAUUACUACAGUGUUACAGCAAGUACCUGCCUCAUGAUAUUGUCAUCGUGACGGUUAAGCUAGGCCUCCUGUUUGCUGUGCUUUUGACAGUCCCUCUAAUCCAUUUCCCUGCAAGGAAGGCUGUAAUGAUGAUAUUUUUCUCUCAUCUCCCUGCCUCGUGGACACGCCAUAUUCUUGUCACUUUAGCACUUAAUGCAACUGUUGUUUUGCUUGCAAUGUAUGUGCCUGACAUUAGAAACGUAUUUGGAGUAGUUGGUUCUACCACAUCAACAAGUUUGGUCUUUGUAUAUCCCGGACUGUUUUAUCUUAAACUUAGCAGAGAGGACUUUAUAUCACCGAAGAAACUUGGGGCUUGUGCAUUACUUUUGUUUGGCAUUUUUGUUGGUCUUCUCAGUUUAAUUCUAAUCAUCGUCAACUGGAUUAAUGGAUAAUAACGCUUCAUGUUGAUUCUUAAGCUGGACUUGAGAAACAAAACAAAGACUUCUGGUGCGUGUCAAAACUGUUCAACUGAAUGCUGAAUGUCCAUAAGAAGAAACCCCACCAGAGCUGUGUAUGAAACAAGUAAUCCCCUGUUUUUUGUUUAAAUCUCAAGCCAGCUCCUUUGACUGGCAGAUUCUUGUACACACAGCCUUUGCGAGCCUACAGAUAUACUAAUUUUUAAAUGACUGAACAUUGGCAUGGGUUAAAAGGCCAUCUUAUAAUUAUAUUUUGUUUAAUAAUGAAAUGGAACAAAAGGAAAAUGUCAUCUGUGUGAAAUCUGUCAGAUUUUGGGGAAGUUUAGAGUUAAACCUUUAGCUCUUGACCUGCCCUGGUAGCCAGAACUGAAAGAAGUUUCUUUCUUGUGUUUUGACUUGGAUGCAGCUGAAAACCUGAGAGGCAGUUUUUUCAAGACCUCUGUGCAUUUUGCAAGAAUGAAGAAAUCACAUGCCAGUGGUUACAUAAAAGUGGAAGAUAUCCAUCACUUCUGUUCGAAUAAUUUGCAGAAGUCUUCCAGGCUGGUAUGAGAAAUCUUGGGCAAUAUCAGUCUCUGAACGGUUACCAUAAACUCAUCGUAGUCUGGAUCCAGAGACCAGGUGUUUCAGCCCUAGAUUAAAUGAGCAUAUUGACAUUAGGAAAGUUUCCCUUCACAUGUAUGUUCCUCAGUUUGCAGUUGCACUUUAUUUUAUAGUUUAUACUUCAAUGGACUUGAAUCAUCUUGGAGUGAUUUUUGUAAAAUAAACUCUGUGACCUCCUAGGA